GCGCGAUACACUCAAGUUUUCACUGACGAAACUACUCGACGGACGACGCCUCGACGCGCUCCACAGGACCGUACCCACGGCACAUACGUGCAAGCACACGGCGACGCAGAGGCCAGAGGCAGCUGAUGUGCGCGCUGGGGCACGGCAAGAUCUAGCACGGCAGCAACGGCUGCGGCUGUCCACGCGGAUGCCUCGCCGCGCGGGCCUCCCUCCACGCGCCGGCGAGCAGCUCUACCGAGGAGGGCGACGGGGACGCCUAUUCAUUCACAGCGUCCUUCUCGCCGUGGCCGCCACCGCCUUCAAGUGUGGCUUCGCCAAGUCAGGCAGGGCGAGCAGGAAUGCCUGCUCGCGCCGAGGCGGGUGCGACGGCCUGCCCAGCUGCGCCGCGAGGGAGACCAGGGUCCGGAUCAGGGUAGUGGCAGGCGAGAUGACGAACCUCCUGCCGGGCCGGUCCGCUCGCGGCGGAGGAGAGCUGUCUUCAUGCCGACCGCGGCGGCGCCUAAUCUCGGGCAAUCUCGGGUAAUCUCGCGGCGGAGGAGAGCGGUCUUCAUGCCGACCGCGGCGGCGCCUAAUCUCGGGAAUCUCGGGCAAUCUCGGGCAAUCUCGGGUAAUCUCGGGCCAAGGCGCCUGCGACGUCGCGCUCGUCGGUAGACUACGUACACUCGCAAUCUCGGGUACUCUCGGCUAAUCUCGGGUAGUCUCGGGCCAAGGCGCCUGCGAGGUCGCGCUCGUGGGUAGACACGUACACUCGCAAUCUCGGGUAAUCUCGGGCAAUCUCGGGUAAUCUCGCGCCAAGGCGCCUGCGAGGUCGCGCUCGUGGAUAGACACGUACACGACGUCCUCCGGAGCGACUCCGAGCGCCGCGAGAGCGAGCUCGUACGGCGCCUGAGGGUCGAUUCAUGAGCCAACUAAUUAAUAAAUUGAUCAAUUGUUAAUUACACCCUUUUGGCUCGUACGGCGCCUUGGCGCGGUGCGCCGAGAUGACGCACUCCACUGCGCCGC